AUGGCCCGCUUCCUAACGCCUUCGAAGAUUGGCUUGCUUGUCCUGGCAUUGAUCUAUGCCCAGGAUGAAGUGCCGACGUCAGAAAGCGUGGCCGUCCUGACCUUCAUCAUAACAUACGUCAGUCCGAAUGGGCGACCACCCCACGCGCAAGCGGGUGCAGGGUACGACCCUGCAUUGCCAAUCUCCGCCUUCGAGAAGGCUCUUUCAACUCUUGCUUCUGUCAUGCCUGGUAGAUCGGUCUACGACGCAUUUCUCAAACGCAUGUGGUCAAUCGAUUGUUCACAUGCACUGGAGAGCCUUAUGGAGGGACUGCCUUACAUGCUUCGCAAGUCUCGGGAGCAGAUCAUCCGGGACCGCGAAAUGGGCAUCCCACCAGAGCAGCAGACUGCCCAGAUCAUGAGAACAUCACCCCUUGGAGCUUUCAUUAGAAGAUGCCAUCUUGAGUACACACGACUUCAAUUCCAAGAUGCCACUGAGCUUUGGCAGCAAUUCAUUGCAUAUCGCGCGCCUACCCAGCAGCAAUUCGAGAGAAAGAAUCCCCCAAUUCGACGCAAUCUUCUCGACAGCAACUUGUCCGAGCUCGGCGUGGACUCGUCUCACCCGCUCGUACGAAUCAUGUACGGUGAUCAGCUCGGCUCUGAAGAUAGACCGCAGGCGUACAGCGCCCACGAUGUGGAGAAGCUCCUCGAGUUCCAGGUCUGCGAGAUGCAGUCCUUCGGCUCUCGCCUGCCGGAAGAUAUGCGCCACAAACUAAAUGAGAUGUCUCAGCAGGGAUCUUCCGUUCCGAAGCUCGCGCAUUAUCUCAAAUUUCUCGAUUCUUGGCGAGCAGGAGACUAUACUUCCGCCUUUGAUAACCUCCAUCGCUACUUCGAUUACACAAUGCAGAGUCGGGAUCGCACGUUUUACCAGUAUGCCCUGCUAAACCUCGCCAUUCUCCAAGCCGACUUCGGCUGCUCCUCUGAAGCCAUACCCGCGAUGCAGGAAGCCAUUGCAACGGCCCGUGAGAAUAAGGACACGGCCUGUCUCAACUUCUGCAUGUCUUGGCUAUACCACUUCGGACGUACCUUUCCCUCAGAAAUGAAAGCUAUCAGGGACAGCGGUAUCCUUGGAAAUGAGACUGAGGGCCUCUCUUUUCUGAAGUCUCGCGCCAAAGAUGCCGAGAUGUGGUCGCUCCUCUCCACAUCCUUCCUCAGCGAGGCCAAGCUCGCGCUCCAGCACGGCGACUCUCUGUCCUUUGUCUUCGAAUCGAUCACGAAAGCCGCGCACAUCAAUGUCUCUAAGGCCACCUCUAAUGUCGCCGGCCCUACCCUCCUGAUGCGUGCUUCAGCCUUCUCACGAAUUGGCCUCGCCCAGCUAGCCUGGUCGUCUUCGGAGACGUUCCUUACCUGCUACUCCAGCGAAGCGCCGAUUGGGGAUGUUCUGAAGUGCACAUGCCGUAUGACUUCAUUCCUCGCUCAACGAGGUCGCUAUUCGGCGAUCGCUGACACACUCUCCUCCGUCUCACCAUCGACACUCCGUGUCCUGAAAUACCACAACUACUGGACAUUCUACUCCGGCCUCCUUAAGCUCCGCCGUCUCAUCCGUCAUGAUGACCUCUCGGCUGCCGAAUGCAUCGCCACUCAACUCCAGGGCCAAGACCCUCCCGAUCUCGAAAUCUCCUUCUCGUUGACCUUCCUGCGCAUUGAGCUCCUGAUCGCCCGUGGCAAUCUGGCCUCAGCGCUCUCACUCGUCGAGGAGCUCACCGAUCGCGCAGCAUCCGACAACAACGACAUAAUCAUCCUAUGCCGCUUGCUCAACAUGAAAGCCCGCAUCCUCACCGCUUCAGAGAACCCGCUCAAGGCCUUCUCCAUUGUGACCCGUGCCGCUCAAAUGGCAUACCGUGCCCUCGCGCUGCCGGCCCUGUGGGAGGCCGUCGGACUGCUCGCCAACAUCCUCAAUGUCCUCCGCGAGUUUACUGCCGCCGCAGAUUUGCUAAGCGCCAUCUUGCCGCGCGCCCUGGAGUGUCAGGACUGCGAGCUGGCGGCGGCGACGUACAGCUACCUGGUAGAUGCGGAGAUGGGUUUAGCAGGCACGGAGAAGACGAGCAAGACCAGGCGGAAAGAGUGGGUGAACCGCGCGAUGGAGCAUUUGGAAGAGGCAGGGAGACAGUAUGGAUGGGCGGAGGACGUGAAGGGGCAGCUGGAUGUGCUGUGGAAACGAGCGAGGGUGAUGAAGUGGAUGGGAGAUGCCGUGCUUGCUAACGAUACGGCGAGUUUGUACCUGGAGGUCAAGGCUCGGUACGAGGAGACGAAAUUAUGA